AUGGCUACAACUAAGAACAAGUACUCGGUUAUCUUGCCAACCUACAAUGAGCGCAAGAACCUGCCCAUUAUUACCUGGUUGUUGAACCGCACCUUUACUGAGAACAACCUCGAUUGGGAACUCAUCGUCGUCGACGACGGCUCCCCCGAUGGAACCCAAGAAGUUGCUCAGCAGCUCGUCAAGGUCUACUCCCCCCACGUUGUCCUCAAGCCCCGCGCUGGCAAACUCGGUCUCGGAACAGCCUACGUCCACGGUCUCAAGUUCGUCACCGGCAACUUCGUCAUCAUCAUGGACGCCGACUUCUCGCACCACCCCAAGUUCAUCCCCGAGAUGGUCGCUCUCCAGGCCAAAGGCAACUACGACAUCGUCACGGGUACUCGCUACGCUGGAAACGGCGGUGUCUUUGGUUGGGAUCUCAAGCGCAAGUUCGUCAGCCGUGGCGCCAACUUGUUCGCUGAUACUGUCCUCCGCCCUGGCGUGAGUGACCUCACGGGCAGCUUCCGACUGUACAAGCGUGCUGCGCUGGAGAAGGCUAUUGCUAGCACUGAGAGCAAGGGAUACAGUUUCCAGAUGGAGCUUAUGGUGCGUGCGAAGGCUAUGGGAUGCACUGUCGCUGAGGUUCCCAUCUCUUUCGUCGAUCGUCUUUAUGGAGAGAGCAAGCUUGGUGGUGAUGAGAUUGUUCAGUAUGCUCAGGGUGUCUUCAACUUGUGGCUCAAGGUCUAA